UAAUCUGAGACUUGUAUCCUUUUGGGCAAUCAAGUAUCUGAAAUUUAUAAACAAUCUGCUGAGUCAGCCCGGUUUCCAUUCACUCCAUUCGUUUCAUUGAUACGAUGGUGAAUAGUAGUAGUACGAGUAGUAUUUUAAAGCAGUUACAAAAAAAUUGGUAUCCUUUUACUGUUGUUUCUUUGUUGUUCGUAAUCUUCUAUUCAGCAAACUUGCGCAAAGAUGUUAUCAAAUCCCAUUUCAAUAGGGUUACUAAAUCAAUGCCAUCACCAACACGUACUAUUUCAUAUAAUGCCAGGGAAAUGAAGUAUAUUUUAUUAUGGACGAACCCAAAAAACACGCCUUUCAAUUACUUCGGAGAAGGAAGAAACAUUUUCUUGCGAAAAGGCUGCGCCUACACUAACUGCUAUGUGACGAGUAACAGAAAUUUUCUCGGAGACUAUACAGAAUUUGAGGUUAUCGCAUUUAAUGGUCCAGAACUCAAUGAGUACGUAUACAUGAAUGAUUUACCGAAGAGACGGUCUGAGCGACAGAAAUACGUGUAUGCUAACAUCGAAUCAGCGUCAAUUUAUCCGGUAUGCUCCAAAAUGUGGAACAACUAUUUCAAUUGGACGUGGACAUACAAAUUAGAUUCGUCAGCAAUUUGGGGUUACUUUAUCAUACGAGAUCGUAACAACAGAAUCGUUGGACCAAAAUUGAAUAUGCAUUGGAUAAAUCAAAUUAAAAUGGAUCCAAUCGACGAUAACCUAAAGGUGCUGCUAUUAUCUAAAACAACUCCAAUCGCCUGGUUUGUUUCAAAUUGCGAUUCGGAUAGUCGAAGAGAAAUAUACGUUAAACAUAUCCAGGCCAAGCUCAGUCAUUAUAAUAUAGAAAUAGACAUCUAUGGAACUUGUGGGAACUUGCAAUGUCCCAAGUCCAUUACUGAUAGAUGUUUUAAAAUGUUAGAGAAGAAAUAUUUCUUUUAUUUGGCUUUUGAAAAUUCUCUGAGCGAAGACUAUGUAACAGAAAAGGUACUGAAUGCAAUGCAACAUAACACAGUGCCUAUUGUAUUUGGAGGAGCAAACUACACAAGAUUUCUACCAAAGGGAUCAUACCUAGAUGCCCUUAAAAUGGGACCAAAGAAAUUAGCUGAAGAAGUUCACCGAAUACUGCACAGUAUAGAUUCCGAAUAUUUCAAAUUUUUCCAGUGGAAGAAGUACUACUCAUAUCACAAAACAAACGAGAAUCCAGAUGGCGAUGUUUACUGUAGAUUUUGUGAAAUGUUAAAUGAUAAGGCAAAGAUGAACACGAAAACUGUAUAUCCACGUUUCAGUGACUGGUGGUCUUCUGAACAGAAGUGUCAUGAUAAAAGUAAAUAACACCUACUGAAGCUUUUAUUAGAUACACUUCUUUA